CCCAUAUCAGGGGCUGGACUUCCAAUGGGAGCAGAGGCCUGAGCCAGGUUAGUAGCAGGUAAAUUAGGCUUUUUAUAUUCGGUGAGAUUAUGGAACAGGCGGUGAAUGUUUCCAGAUCUGCAGCUUUAACCCCUUAAGGACCAAACUUCUGGAAUAAAAGGGAAUCAUGGCAUGUGUCCUUAAGGGGUUAACCGAAAUCGUGCCCUUUUCAAUCGAUUUAAAUAUUGUAAUAUAUAUUUUAAACACUUUAUUUUUUAUUUAUUCUUACAUUUUGAGAUAUAUAAUAAUAAUAUUAACAGAUUGUCCAUAAAUGUGAAUUCGCUCCAGUCUGAAUAAUCCCCAAUGGGAGAAAGCUGGAACCAGCCCCAGGGAGGCCGAGUCCGAUGAUCUGCCGGCUGCUGGGGCGGAGGAUCCCGCCUGGCACGGUGACAGCCCGCCGCCGCAGCUCGCUCCUGUGGUCGGUGGGCGCCAUCUUGCCCACAGCAGAGGGUACAUUGUUACCGGAAGUAAUCCACUCGCAACCAAUUGCCGCAAAGGCAGCUCAGUGUGUGUCCAAUGCUAUACAGCGGUCUCCGCGCAGCACUGUGACAGAGGCGGGCGGUGAUUGGUUAGCUGGCUUUCAGUCGCCAGCGAGUGGUGCGUGGUCAUUGGUUGUUUGUUUGUUGGUUGGCUUUGCAGUCGCCCCGUGAGAAGUGCGCAGUGAUUGGUUGGCGGAUUACAAAAGCGUAUGAUUAGUGAGCAGUGAUUGGUUGGCGGAUUGCAGCGGGGUCUGAUUAGUGAGCAGUGAUUGGUUGGCGGAUUGCAGAGGAGUCUGAUUAGUGAGCAGUGAUUGGUUGGCGGAUUGUAGAGGAGUCUGAUUAGUGAGCAGUGAUUGGUUGGCGGAUUGCAGCGGAGUCUGAUUAGUGAGCAGUGAUUGGUUGGCGGAUUGCAGCGGGGUCUGAUUAGUGAGCUGUGAUUGGUUGGCGGAUUGUAGAGGAGUCUGAUUAGUGAGCAGUGAUUGGUUGGCGGAUUGCAGAGGCGCCUGAUAGGUUAUCUGUGAUUGGCUGGCUGGUUUCCCGAGGUGUGUGCGUUCCAUGUGAAUGCGUGGGGUUGUUGACAUAGCUGUCCAGACAGUUAGUUCCAUCCCGCCCGCCCCCCAUGGCAGCCCCGCACCAUGCACGUCCUGUAGCCGCCCUCCUGCCGGUAUAAGGUGCGGUGUCCUGGGUUAGUGUGAGGGUAAGCUGUGUCCCUGCCUGUCCCUGCCUGUUACUGUGAGCUCCCAUACAGUGCGUGUGCCAUGAGCAGCAAUGGGGAUUACUAUUAAAGGAAUACAGAGCUGUAUUCAGAUAGUCCUAACACAUGUGCGGCUUAUUAAUCAAUGCAAUUAAUCAAUACAAUUAAUGCAAAUAAUCAGUGCAAUUAAUGCAAAUAAUCAGUGCAAUUAAUCAAUGCAAAUAAUCAAUCAAUAUAAUCAAUGCAAUCAAUCAAUGCUUUCCUAUUGUGAAAAAAAUCUGACGCUGGAUGUCUUCUUGCAAAGCGUAUUCAUCCAUUGGCGGCAGACGUCGAGUGGCAAUGUAAACAUCGCAGUUUCUCUUUGCAGCACAAGGUGUAAAAGGGACUCUGCACCCAGACCACUUCAAUCAGCUGCAGCGGUGUACAUGCCUAUAGUGUCCCCGAGGAACACCAUAGGGUCAGAAACACAAGCAUGUAUUCCUAACACUAUAGUGUUUAAAACAACCAUAUAGGUGGCUUGACCCCCCUUAACUCCCCUAAAAGGUAUGAAAACUUUAUUUCUUUUCAGCACUACGCGGGUCUGUCACUGCUGGCCUCACCCCUGAUCUGUUUUUUUUUUGCCGACAUCAUUAGAAUUAAAUGAUUUCGGCCAAUCCAAUGCUUUCCCAUUGCUAAAACAUUGGAUUGGAAAGGAGACGGGGCAGUGACAAAAGCCGGCUUGGCCAUUCAGCACUUUCUUAUAGAGAUGCAUUGGAUCAAUGCAUCUCUAUGUGGAAAGUUCAGUGUCUCCAUGGAGAGGGUGGAGACACUGAAUGUCAGUACUGCACACUAUGCAGCACUGCCCCAGGAAGCACCUCCAGUAGUUACCUGAGGAGGGGCAACUGGAUGUGUCCCCAGGAGGCAAUGUAAACACUGCAUUUUCUCUGAAAAGGCAGUGUUCACAUGAAAAUGCCUCCAGGGAAUGAUUAUAAUCACCAGAACAACUAUAUUAAGCUGUAGUGUCCCUUUAAAUAUCAUGGAUCGUCUUCCUUCACAAUAUUGUGUUUCUCUGCUAACACAGAUUCUGGCUUUGUUUUAAACAUAUUUACACUUAUAGUCACACAGUGGUAUCAUUCCAUAUUUAAUCGUGCUUACAUUAUACUGUCUAUCCAUUAUAGGUCAGAUUUCUUUUUUUUCUGCAAUGAGGGGGACUCUCAAAUUCUGCUCUAUGACAUGGGCAAUGACAAGGACCGUUAGAAUACCCAUGGCUAGAUGGAGAAAAGUCACAGUUCCUUCAGGAUGCAGGCUCCUCUGUGUGACACCCGCAGACCCUCCUCCUACUGGAGACAGAUAUAAUGUGUCCCGUCUACCAUUCUCUGAAGUCACAGCCCAGGAUCUCAACUACUUUGAGCAAGUGGUUCCAGGCCGAGUAGUCACCGAUAAAGAAGUCCUAAAAAGUCACAACAUAGAUUGGCUACGAACAGUGCGUGGUAAGAUGCAUGUAAUCACAAGACACCUAGUUGUCUUUGGUUAUUUAAAAGUUAUGGUUGAAUGCCAGUAUUAAUACAGAAUGCCAGUAUAAAUACAAACAUAUUGUGUAGAAGAGGAUAUUUAAUUGGCAUUGUUUGAGCAUUUACAUGGUAUACGUUGAUUUUUGUAGAUGCUGAUUUACUAGAACUCACAUGUAAAAUAGCCCCUGCCAUUAACAAUUUGGUAUCUGUGCUUUUCUUUCUGGUUUCAGAGUCACUACACACUGAAGAUUAACUCUUCGACUGUGGUAGUCAAACGAUUGCAGUCCAGAUAGUGUUCGCACACAACACUUUAUGCUACUCUACAGUAGAAUUGGACAUAUUGAUUUUUUUAGUGCUACACUUCUUGUUAUAUUCUCCAUUAAACAUAAACAAACAUAGGGAUGCACAACAGAAGAAUAACAGGAAAAUGGAUAUUCAUAGAUGGCUACCUCUAAAUUAUGCUCACAGUGCAGGCAAUACCAUUAUAUUCACAAUAUAUUGAUGCUCGCCCCAACGUAGUGCAAAAUCGCCUUUUUAUUGUUUUAUAAACGUUAAAUGCACAACAGGAUUCCACUCACAUGUAAAGUUACACCACAUCCAAAAUUACGAAGACAAAAGAAUGGAAAAUGUGUAACCAAAAAAAACAAAUCCUUAGCUAAUAAGAAUGUGGAGAUUCAGACACUCAUAAAGACACCUAAUAUUUUAGCAAGCACACAUCCCCCUUGAUCCUUGUCUCUACUGAACCAGGCUUGAAAAUCGCCAAGAGACUGUGUAACCAGAGGUCUGUGAUAGCUUUUUACCUCUCAUAUGUGACUGUCCUUUUCUUCAUUAGUGCUAUCACUCUUACAUGCCAAGCUCAGAACAGCUAGUUGUGAAAGUGCAGCAGCUGAAAUCUGAUCUUCUACAUUUUUAUUGUCUAAUAUAUUGCCAGCAAAAAACAAUUUUGUUCAGACAACUGUCCUAGUUUCUGGUUCUCUUAUGCCCCUAUCACCUUCUAUUCAUCUCCCAGCCAAGAAAAUUUAAGUCUCUAGUGAAUUCCAACCUAUUCUGUCAGCCAUCAGCAAAGUCCCAUUGGCCAACUAAAUACAAAGUUUCAGUCUGAGGACAAAGAAGGGUUUUCAGGUGAUAUCUUUUAUUACACCUCCCUCACCUGUGCUGCACAUUUUCUAACUAUUCAUGGUUUCAUAAAGAAGUCCAAAUGUUGAUGGAAAUGGAAUUCCUAACACUAGCAAGAGUGUGUUUUUCUCUUUCUGGAAGGUAUUAGGUUCUAUUAAGAAAGAAAUAAGUCAAAUGCAUGUAUGUAAUAUCAUUGUAAAAUUAGGCAGGAAGAUGGCCAUUUUGUACUAGUUUAACAUAAUUUACAAAUAUUCAUUAGUAGAUGUUCAGUUUUGCUAUCCCUGAUAACUCUGCCAUGUGGAUUUAUUGUAGGCAACGGUAAGGUACUUCUUAAACCUCGAAAUACAAAAGAAGUGUCUGAGAUAUUGAGGUAAGACUAUGAACUGAUCUUAACAUAUUUCUCCAAAUCAUUUACUGUCACUGUGAGUGUGACAAUAUUAUGCUAUUACAAGAAAGUGCUCGAAAUGUUUAUUUCCUCUCUCCACUACCGUUACCCAGUGACACAUCAUCUGUAUCUGAGCCAGUGCGGUAACAGGUGCAAAGCCACUGCCAGAAUAUGAUAUGGAGCUGCACCAACGUCCAUCUCAAUUUCUGAAUGGAUCACUAUGUUGUGAUGCAUAACGUCACAUCCUGGUAUCCUGUAUUUAUGAAAUAUAGUCCGAAGGUCAGCUUUCCAGGUAGAAGCACACCUUGAUAUGACUGAGCUUUCACUAGAGCAGUGAUUUCCAUACAAGUCCUCAAGGCCCCCCUACCAAUCCAGGAUUUAGGAAUUACCCAGUUAUGUCAAGGUGUCUUUUUUUUUUUCUUUUGUAAAAACUCCUUAGACACAACUAAGUAAUCCCUAGAUAUUGGACUGGUUUGGGAACUACUACACUUUAGGAUAUAGUUCCUGUUUGCUGCUUUUAGUAAGGAGUCAGAGAAGGAUCAUUUUAGAAAAAAAUGAAAUAAUAUAACAGGACAGUAGUAUAGUAGGGACAAGGAAGGCAUUAAAAGGGAGGGAAAGAGGCGGACAGUGAAAUGAGGGUGACAUGGGUAGAGGAGUGAUAUGGAGAGGAAUGAGAAGGCAAUGGGGGCUGUCAAGCAAAGUUGAAGGGAGACUGUGACAUACAGUGACAUUAAGGACAAUGAUAUAUAAGGGAAGCCAGUGGCAUAAAAAGCAGAAGGGGAAAGAAGAGCACAUAUACUCCUCCUUUAUCUCUCACACACACUACCGUUUAUAAUCAUAUCAAUAAAGUAAUGGUGCAACACACUUUCAGUUAUGUAUGUGGUCCCUCAUUGUGCCUACCAAGUGGUUGUGAUUUAUUCUAUAGUCAUUAUCAAUUCUUUAAUGUACUUAUUAUUCUGGACUCCAGGUCUGGUGUUAUGGUGCAUUUGUAUUUCUAACUUUAUUGCAAGUAAGAGCUCACCACAUAUAUGUGCUUUCAGUCAUAAUGAAAAAUAUGUUGUGAUAGACAAAAUGGAAAUUAUUACCUGCAUACUGUACUGUUAAAUGGGGCCCACAUAGCCAGAAUAUCAAUGAUAAACACUAAGCAAUGAAAGAUGGGAGAAUUAUAAUAAGGGAGGCUCUCCUAAAUGCUUACUCUCCUACAACAGGUCAGAUGGCAGUGGUGACCUGCCCACAUGGUGAAGGCUGUAGGGCAGGGAUAGGCAACAUUUGGCACUCCAGAGGUUGUGGACUACAUCCCCCAUAAUGCUCUUACACCCAUAAUGCUGGCAAAGCAUCAUGGAAGGUGUAGUCCAAAACAUCUGGAGUGCCGAAGGUUGCCUAUGCCUGCUGUAAGGCAUAUGUACCCAAUGGAUAGGGGCACCACUGAUUGAAUUGUCACCAGCAGUAUUAAAGUUGUAUAACUGAAACUUUGCAUAAACUAAAACUUGUCUUGUAUAUGGAGACAGGUCUGUCACAGCACAAGUUUGUUUCGAACAUUUAAUGCUCCUAUACAAUAAUGCCAUACAAUCAAAGACAAAAUGCAAAACGUACAGCUGAACAAAUAUGAUCUUCACCACCACCACUUGUAGUCAGGUACCCAGCUCACAUCCACCCUAUCCUCUGGUACAAAAAGAGCUAUAUUGCUAGGAUCUCAAGCAUGGGGAGUAGCUUUUGUGGCCAUGUCGGUGCUAAUAGUCCCAACACUGCUAGAAAAGAGGAUACCACCCUUAAGUAGUGUGGUGGUUUUUCAGUGCUAAGAAUGCAUUCUGGUACAUAGGAAAAAGUCAGGUUAUAGGGAUGGGAUGUGCUUUUAAAAUCCUCAGUAACACAUAUCUAACAGCACAUCUGAGCCCAGUGUGAUGUGAUAUCACCCCAUGAUUUUACAUACGAUCUCAUGCUUGGUUAUCUGCUUUGAAAUGCUGUAUGUGCACAUGUGUACUUGCACACAUUGCACUAUAGUAGAGUAAUUUAAUCUACAUGGAAUGCUCGGGCUGUGUCAGGACAUCCAACAAUACAAUAUUAUUUAAAAUCUGAAGAGAAAAAAAUUAGCAUAACAUAUCGCUAAUUUUUACAUGUUCAUUAAUUGGGGUAAAAACUAUUUAAAGGAACUGCAUGGGGUAAAAACAACAAUUUAAAGGAACUGCAACUUUAUGACCUUGUUGUGAUACCCACAAGUCUCCAGUGCUUUUUUACCUGAAGGGAUUAAAUCGUUCUUGAACAGUUUAACCUCAAAGGUUGCUCUCCAGCACCGGAUUUCCAUAUCCCCAGCGGCAUCCAGUUUUUUUCAGUGCAGUUUCAGGAAAUGUGGAGUGCCAGUGGGUGGGGGCGCCGCUGUUUGGCCUAGACCAGUCAGCUGACGCUCAAAGCCAAUCAAAAGCUUCCAAUUCAUAAAAAAGGUAUGAGAGUAUGUGGUUGGAUAACAAACUGCCACCUCCCUAACCCACAAGCCUCUUGGCAAGUAUAUUUACCUAGAAAGUAUAGUGUCUAACGAAGUGCUAGCAUUAGGUGAGCACUGGACUUAUGCGUUAAUUCACUGAAGAGCAACUGCAAAAUUAACCCAGAAUAAAAACUAUAAUAUAAAAUACUAGAAUACUUGAAUAAAAUACUUUUCAUCUAAAAUAUAAUCUACAGUGGUUCCCAAACUUUUUAGGUUCAAGGUACCCUUACUAUUUCAAUAUUUUUCCAAAGGCACCCAAGUCAAAACUAUUUUCUAGGUUGUAUAUAUGUACAGAGCUUCGGCAUGUACUGGGUCCCUAAUCUUGGGAGUGGCACUGGUAGAUUUUUUUUUUUUCUUUUCAAUUGACAGUUUUUUAUUUUGUCAAAAGGAAACAUGAGGAUACAGAACGAGGAAAAAAGGUGGGGGGUGGGGGUUACAUUGCAGGCUGACUACACAGACAAUAGCUAUGUGUAAUCAUAUACAUAUAUGUGUACAUUAUGGAUAAACAUCUACAUACAUGCGCAUCAUGGUUUUCAUUGGUUCCAGAGAUUCAUUGCUAUUUUACAUAAGUUUCCCUUUUACAAAUACAUGGUGUGUUGAUGAUCAGUUCCCUUUUGUCGGUUUUGGUCAUAUUUAGGUCAUCUGGGUGUGUGCAGUUUUCAUAUUGAUUUCUAAGUGUCUCCGUGAGAUUCCUUUGUGUGUAGAUUGGUAGUGUUGGCUAUGCAGGUUCCAGAUUGUUUUUUGGGUGUUUGUUUGGGGAGCUUCGGGUCCACCUGUCCCUCUCACUCUGUCCCCCUCCUAUGUGUAGGUCCCUACUUCAAUGUUCAUGGGGUGGGGGGAUGCUUAGGCAGGUGUCUGGCUCUGUGGUCUGCCUUUGUCGUGCAUUGCGGUUUUCUCCCGCCGCUAGGCGUGUUGGUGAUUCGUAGUUUGACUGCCUCUGGGUGUCUUAUCUUGGCUUAGAUAUAUUUUGCUUGUGUGCAGCGUCUUUGUUUGGUGGCGCUCCUCGUGGUGCCUCUUACUCUAUGAUUCAAGGGUCGUUAGUCUCGCUAGAGUGGUUGUGGUUGGGUGUUGUGGUGCGUGGACUGCACUGGUAGAUUAUUUAACGAAACAAUCCAGGCACAAUAACCACUACAUUAAGUUCUAGUGGUUGUGGUGCCCCCCAGGGUAAGUAGUCAAACCGUUUAAGAGGCUCCAAAACUCGAUGCAAUAGCCACUCCAACACCUCCACACUCGACACCAUGUGCUACUCACAGUCUCCAGCAUGCAGGGGGCGGUGCUAUAAACCUCCCAGGUGCAAUGCAUCCUGGGGAAACUUGCGAAACAAAUUUGUAAACCGAGGCAUUAUUUUCAAUGGAUUUUCAUUUGUAAACUGAAAAUUAUGUUAACCGAGGUGUUUGUAAACCGAGGUCCCACUGUACUAUCAAUUUUGUGCAUGCAACAAUUUUCAUAUACAAUCCCACCACGUUCUUCCGAAAUACACUUUCUGGAUCAACCUAUGUCUACGACACCAGUGAGUAUCCAACCAUAAAGUACGUCAACAAAGAAAAAAGAGUGAUCCAUAAUGCUCUCUGUGAAAUCAGACAUUUAUUGAAAAAUAGAUUAAAAACACUCACAGUAUCAGUGACUCAUUACCACAAUCCUCUUAGAAUGCCAGCAUGUGGGAAAGAUGGUAAGUCCACCUUGAUGGUGCUCGCAGUUUGUGAUCCAAGUUUCUGUGUGCAUUCCACCGCUAUCCACCAAUGCGAAAGCAUUUGAUUGUCUUAAAUCAUUAAUUCUGCUAAUGUCAGCCAAAGAGGCGGAUUGGGGGCGGUGCCAGGGUUGGCAGAAUCCACGCAGCGCUGGAAAUAAGGUAAGUUUUCUUACCUUUUAAGAGAAGCAAGGGACCAGUUACCUAAAUGGUGGUUUUAACACCAUAACCUCAGAUAUACCUGACCUUUUUUGUAUUCCUGACUAUAGUGUUCCUUUAAGUGUAUGAUACAAUAAACGUCCCUUUAUCAGGGCUUAUACAUAGUGACGUGGUCAAGAUACUUAUUUUACUGGGACUAUCUGUUCGUACCUCCUCUGUGUGCUUGAAGCUAAGUAGUGUAACUGUUUCACCUUCAAACCUUGUUAGAAAUGGCUACUUGGUUUCACUUGUGGGUUAUGGCUCCGUUGUAGUCCACCUCUUUUUGAUGUUUUUGCAUUGGGUGUUCACUGAGUGUGUCUGUAUAUGUUAGUUAGGUUGUGUGCCUAAUACUACAAUAAAGCUUAAUAUUUUUGAGUGAAGUACUGGUGAUACCUAAGUUUAGUAAUUACCUUUAGUAUUUUUCUGUGUGUUAAUUCAAUGUGGAUUAAGUUUCACUGUUAACUUAUUCUACAAUUCUCCAUGUUAAACAUAACCAUCUGUGUACUUGGUGUUUGAUUUAUCUUUUGAUUCACAGAUAUUGUAAUGGAAGGAAUCUAGCUGUAACCCCUCAGGGUGGCAACACAGGAUUGGUUGGGGGCAGUGUCCCAGUGUUUGAUGAAAUAAUUAUCUCCACUGCUCUCAUGGACCAAGUGAUCAGUUUCGAUAAUGUCUCUGGUCAGUGAUUUUUUUUUAUCUUUUAAAUAUGUGCACUGCCAAAAUUAUAUUAAUUUUGUACUAUUUAUAAACAUGGGCUCUAGUUAUUUUUAUUCACUGCAAUUAUAUAAUAAUAUUGUCAUCUCAUGCAUAUGAUUAAUAACACUUGCUUAAAGGGACCAUCUAUUCUAAGCAUUACAAACAUUUAAUCUUUAUUAAGUAAUUGUGGGGCAAAUAAGCUGUAUCUGCAACCUUACUGUUGUAAACCAUGCCAUUUCCCUGAAACAGCACUGCUUACAUUUUGCAAUUUUCUUCAGGCAGGAUUUCUUAUUUCAUACUCAGUGGCACCUAGGGGGUUAUUAAGGUUGUACAAUCAAAGAGCCUUGGAUAUAUGCUUUUUUCAGGACAAUUAGUCUCAUAACAUUGUGUUUUCCUUUAAUGCAUCAGAAAGUAUUGUAUGGUUGGGCCAUAUCUACCUCACAUCAAUAGUGGAACUGUAAGAGUUAGCUUUAUUUUAAGCUAAACCUCAGGCAACACCCAUCAUGGUGCCCCCCUAAUUAACUUAUGUAUAUGUACCCAAUUGAUGUAAGGCAUGUUUAAAAUGCUGCAUGUGUUAUUCUCAUAUUUCAGGUGCUCUGGUAUGUCAGGCUGGUUGCAUAUUGGAGUUAUUGAAUCAGUAUCUGGAAAGGCAAGGAUAUACAAUGCCUCUAGACCUUGGUGCGAAGGGAAGCUGCCAUAUUGGAGGCAAUUUGGCCACAAAUGCUGGUGGGCUGAGACUUCUUAGAUACGGGUCCUUACGAGGGAGUGUCCUGGGAUUGGAAGCAGUAAGUAGUGUUUAGAAAUAGACAGUUUAUUAGAUGUAUAUGUUUUCCAUUUAUAGGACAAUUUAUGUCUUAUGUCAGGUCCUUCCUGAUGGAUCCAUACUGAACUGCCUCAACUCUCUCCGCAAAGAUAACACAGGAUACGACCUAAAGCAGCUUUUCAUUGGCUCUGAGGGGACUUUGGGUCUGAUAUCAGCUGUGUCAAUUCUCUGUCCACGCAAACCCAAUUCUGUCAAUGUGGCACUGCUGGGUAAAGUAUAUCUGGCUUCUAAAAACUAAGGCUGCAAUUUUCUCCUCUUUUUUUUUUUUUUUCCCCCCUGUCAUUAGAAUUAUUAAGAUCACACUCGUGUUUGUUUGUUUCCAUUAUGGAUUUUUUUUUCAAUUGACUAUAAUUCAAAAAAGGCUUGUUACAAACUACGAGUAAAUGCCAUUUUUAAAAAUAUAUGUUAUUGGUUCUUUUAGGUAGGUUGAAAGGAACACUAUGGGCUGAAACUUAGCUUUUUCAUGCAUAUGAUCCAUAGUAUUAAAACAAUUAAGUGUAUUUAAUGGAAUUUGCAGAUGUAUUCCUGAGUCUAUAGUGUUAAAAUCCGUGUUAGGCCCCCUUAUCCCCCUCAACCUUUCUUAAAAAAAAAUAAAAAAAAAACAACCAGAAAACGUAUGUUUAUUCCAGCGCCGGGCGGGUCUGUCGGCACUGGCUCCAUUCCCGAUUUGCCUUUUUUCCCAUAGAAAAGCAUGGGAUUGGCUGAGAUAGUCAAUUCUCAUGAACCCAGCCAAUGAGGUGGGCCGAGGUGGCGGUGCCAAACACCACCCUGGCCAAUCAGCAUCUCCUCUCAAAAAAGCAUGAACUCAAUGCAUCUUUGUGGGGGAAGUUUAGAGUCUCAAUGCAGAGAGAGAAGUGGCCAAUUGAGGUGUUCCUAGGCUGUAAUGUAAACACUACCUUUUCUAUAAAAUGGCAGUGUUUACAGCAAAAAAAGCUUCAGGGACAUGCUAUAGACAAGUACAACUACAUUAAGCUGUGUUUGGUCUGGUGACUAUACUGUCCCUUUAACCUUUUUUUCUUUGAUAAACUGUACAUUGGAGACAAAAUAAAUUCAGUUAUGACAGAGUGGCAGUAUUUAGAGUGUGGUGCCUAGAUGUAAAGCUGUUCCACCUCACUUACAUUUUAUUUGAAUGUGUUAGAAUACAGGGAUGGAACCAGAUCAUAGCAUUUAUCAGCAAUGCACUCAAUUAUACAUUGUGGUGGAUUGGAGUAUGUUGUGAGGCACUUAUCGCAGUGCUCAAAGAGGGGGAAAUUCAGCGCUUGUGAAUUACUGAUGUGGUUCAAGGCAGCCAAACAACAACUUGUCGCAGUGCUGUUUGGAGUACCUUAUAUUUCUGUGUCCAUUUUUCAUUAAAAUACCUAGCAGGGAAGCACAUUUAACUCUCUUUAUCAAGAUGUAGUAAAACAACCUUGUCAUGCUGACUAGCACGAUGCUAGGGAGUUUUGAUCUAACAACGUAUAAAAUUUGGCAGAACCUAGGAAAGAUUCUCUUUGCGCUAGUGUUGUUUAACCUGUAAAGACUGUUUGACGAUGGAAAUAAUUGCAUAUUUUAAUUUAGGGGUUUAUCUCUGGCUAUCCCUAUCCCUUUGUGCUUGAAAGCACAGUAUAUGCCAAUGUCCUCAUAAUAUCCUCAAUUAUCAUCAACACAAAAUCUUGAUAUUAAAUUCUGAUUUCUUGUCAGAAAAUUACUUCCGUACAAAAUCAAAUAUAAAAGGAGCCUGAAGGUGAUGAUCUGCUUGGUGUGCGGCAUGGCGGCAGGGAUUGAAAUAAAGGUAUAUCAAGGGAGAUUAAUUUUUAGGAGCUGAAGAAAAAAGAUUGCAUAAGCUUACUUGCUGGUACUGCUGCCUUCCUUCUUCAGCUCCCAGAAAGUCAUCCCCCAGGAUCCUGUGUCACUGCUGUAAUCUUGCACAUGUGCAAUAUUGAGUAACCAGCGAGGUCCUCCAUUGACCAAAUCUUGUAAUGAGAGAGAAGGUGCUAGCAACAGCUGUGGGCAUUAAUGAAGUGGAUGCCCUGCCUCUUGUCAAGUUUUGUCAACUUAGGCUUUGCCUAUAAGACAAAUGAUAUCUUUGGAUUACUUUGGAAUGUCCCUGAAAUUUAAAUGCAGUCAGUAUGAGUGUUUCAUAAAUAUUUUCUGUUUUUGAAAUACUCAGAAAUUAUAUUUUGGUGAGGGAGACUUUCACCGUGUUAUAAAAACGCUGUACGAUACCGAAUUUGCCACAGAAGCAGACAUGUCCCAGUUUAACACACUUCUGUUUUGUCUCGCAGGCUGUGAGAGUUUCAGUAGAGUGCUGCAAGUAUUCACUAUGUGCAGGGAUCACCUUGGAGAAAUUCUAUCUGCCUGUGAGUUCUUCGAUGCCGCAUGUAUGAAGGUUGUUAAGAAACAUCUCAAGCUCAGUAACCCUCUACCAGGUAACACUCUGUCACCGGUUUAAAAAUUUAAGUGCCCACUGCACUGUUUUGGCAUGCUGGCACUCAAGGGGUUAAAUGUGAAACCAUUAUUACUGCUGUAUGGUCAAACCAUCUUAUUUUUCAUAUGUGAAACUAUUUAGGAUAAUUCGGUAAACUGAAUCACAGACACUUUUCUCGUCAUUGAGUUUUAUUGGGCCAUUUUUUAAAUUGUCUUUGUUAUAGAAAUUAUUUCCUAAUAUGUUUAAAAAUUUCAGUCAGACAAACCACCAGUGUAUAAGGUUCUAGUAAACUCCCCCUGGCUCACAAUUCAUCAUAUUUGUAUAAUAUAAUACCCUUCAUUUUGAGACACAGCUUAUCAUCCUGUGCACUCUAUCAUUUCUUUUUUUGAAAUUCUUUAUUUUUUGUGUGCACAAGUUAAACAAACAGUCUUCUCAUACCACGUCAAUAAAAACAGGCAUUUCAAGAGGUAUGGCAUUUUGUGGCAUACUAUGGUACUGCACAUUUUUGUUUUUAAACAAGAAUCAGGCCAUGAGGUUUCAUAUACAGUAUACAUUUGUUAUAGGUUAAGUAUGAUAAAACAAGAUUAUACUGUUUGUUGUUGCCUGAGGGUGCGUUAAGUAAGAUUGCUAGGUUUAACAAUGGCAAUAUAUGUGUCACUCAGUUUUUAAAAAGAAAAUAAUAAGUUUACAAGAUAGCAAACCUGUGAUUACACAGCUCUCAAAUGAUAAAGACAGGCAAGGCUCCCUGUGGUGACUUGUUAGCGGUGUGGUAGUGUACAAGUGAGUGGAUUUGCCUUAGGGUCUAAGAGCGUUAGACCAUAGCGGGAUGAGGAUGCGUUUAAAAGCCACAGCUCCUAAGUUCAGCUCUCUAGUGUACAGGCUCAGGAUAUGUUAGUGUCAGGCUGAGGUGAGCUUGGGUCUGGGUUCCCGGUUCUGGGUCCCCUGAUUAACGGCCAGAGGCAUUAAAAGGCCUAUAUAUAUAUAUUAAGGCUCCUUAACCCCGGAGUCUGGGGGGUGGGGGGUUUCGUCGUGUAAGUAUGUGCUAUCUGUAACUGCAGCAUUAAUGCGUCACCCCUGUGUCCUGUGGAUUGUGUCAGGUUGGAGGACCUGUAUGGACGGGGUGUCGUGCGGUUCGUGUGUUAGGUGCGAGCAGUCCACUGACUAGGUGGCCUACUCCUGGUGCGGCAGUAGGCGCAGAAAUGCAUAGCUGAAAAACAAAAUGUAUGUAAAGCUAUACGCAACCGGUGGAGGACAUUGCAUAUGACAGUGUAGCAUAAACAUAAAUAAGUCCAAACAAAAAUAGAACUAGCCGGUACAUCCAUUAGUUCCUUUUGACGGAAGACUUUUCCCAUAUUAAGAACCGGAUGGGUGCAUAGUGCUGCUUCCCGCUGGGGCUGUCGACUCCGAUGUUGGCGACAUCCCAUCGGUGUGUCGUAUUCCUCUUGGCGCCUGCCACCGGACGAAUGCCCAGAGCUUGCAAAAAUCGUGGUGCUUCCUCUGGCGCUGUCAGUUUGUGGCUUUGCCCGUCCCGUGUGGCAACUAGCGAGCGGGGGUAGCCCCAUUUAUAUGGAAUGUCCGCCGCCCUCAAUUGAGUUGUGGUUUCUUUCAGUGUUGCCCGCCACUGCAGCGUCUGGCGGCUCAGGUCCUGGUAGAAGUGUAAGGUAAGGUCUUCGAAAACGUACGGGGUCUGGCUCCUGACCGCACGGAGGAAUCCGUCUCUGUCUGAGCGGGAUUUGAAGCUCAUUAUGACAUCCCUUGCGGAGGCGUUGUUUGGACGCCCAGGUAUGCGGAAUAGGCUAUCUAGGGUCAGUCCUUUGGCCUGUUUGGGUGGUAGGGCGGUUUGUAACAGUCUCUUUAUGAGGGAUGGCAGUUCAUCCGCCGUUACAGUGUCUGGGAUCCCCCUCACCUUGACAUUUCUCUGUCGCGCCAUAUCUUCGAGUUGCCCUACUCGGGCGUUUAGCUGGGAGCAUGAGGUUGUGAGCUCGAGCGUUUUCUUUGUCGUGGCAUCUUGUUGGACUCUCAGGUCCUGGACUGCGUCUUCCGUGGCUCUCAUGCGGCCUGUAAGUGUGCUCAGCUCCGUCUUGAGGCCUGCCAAUUCUGCCGUGAAGAAUGCUUUAAGGUCAGUCACCAUGCCUGUUAGGUCAGCCUUAGUGGCUAGUGGCGGUUCUGACUGCCUUGGUGGCGCUGUUUGUUGCUUCCUUUGGGGUGUCGGGGUCGGCAUAUCACUCAAGUAUUCAUCCUCUGAGGCAGAGAGUGAUUCCAUCCCCACGGUGUGAAAGACGUCCGCCAUUUUGGGCCUGCAGGCCUGGGACAGGAGUUGCCCGAUGUCCUGGGUAUGUCCCGCGGACGACCCUCGGGGUUUUCGUGAGUGUUUCCCCAUGUUGUGCUGAAUCUCUUGCAGCCUUUCCCCGGCUUUUGGAGGUGUAUUUUACGGAAUCCGUGGCUAUUUUGCCGCUGUAAUGUCGGAGCUUGGGUUUCAUGCGUCUUGCAGGCUCGGCUGCUAGCUCCGCCCCCCCUAUCAUUUCUUUUGAUUGUGAUCCAUAGCAUGUUUCACACGCUGCAUUCUCACCAUGAAUUAUUGGUAUGUUUAGUGUGGGUGAGAAGAAACGGAGGUUCAAUCCCACCAGACAAUGUCAUCCUUUCAGUAUAAUAACCAAAAAGUGGAUGGCGCUUAAAUAAAUAAAUAGUGCUUGUGAAAAUAAGCUGCAAUCACCUAAAGUGACAUAAUAAUCCAAAAACUGUAAACAAGUGUUUGCUCAAAAUAUACCUAACAUAACUUGAUCAAAGAAAAUAAUUAUCAGAGCCCGAUCAACCCUGGCUCUGGGUGAGAAAGGCUCCACUUGAGAGGGGAUAACUCCCACAAUGCUCUGGCUUGAAGGCUUUCAUUCUCAAAAGAUGGCACUUUUAGUAUGUGAAGUAUAUUUUGAGCGCAACACUUGUUUAUGGUUUUUGGAUUAUCAUGUCAUCCUUUCAUUAUACGUUUGAGCAAACAAUGUCUUGACAUAUUCAUCAUGUAUUCCUUUAAGUAUGUUGCUAAAUAAUAUCCUUUUAAAACCUGCAGCCAACAACUUCUACGUAUUAAUAGAAACAUCUGGAUCCUCUGCAUACCAUGAUGAAGAGAAACUGAAUAACUUCUUGUCCAAGGCUCUGGACACGAGUUUAAUCACAUCGGGGACAGUGGCUACAGACCAAAGCAAGAUAAUGGUAUGAGUUCUUUGUAUCAGUAUCUUAAUUACUGCAUUCUAAAAUAUGGAUGUUGCUCUAUACGCGCAUGAAAAGGAUCGUGAAGGUUCUAUGUAAUGGCAGUUUUAAAGAUGGCCAUUGAGGCAAGUGGGCUUCUUCACAAGCUGCCCCUCUUUCCCACUUGUUUGUGUGAAGUGGGAUAGUGUCCAAAUGUUCAUAGACUGAUAUAAAUUAUAACGUGAAAGCCAUGUGGGGGCACACAGGAAAACCUAUAACGUAAAACUCCAAGCAGUGAGCUGUAGUGUCAAUGUGCACAUCCAUUGUAAAUAUUCAAGCCGUUUAAUAACUGUUUGACUUCUUACCUGGGGUCUUGCAAGUGUCAUUGCUUGCUUCCACUACGGAAGCUCUCUCCAGAAUCUCACUGCCUGAGCCCCAGUGGUGCAGGGCUUAGCUCAUUGACUUAGGGUUUAGCUCAGGAGAGCUAAUAGACCAGUGAUGGCGAACCUAUGGCACGCGUGCCACAGGUGGCACGCCGGGCCCUUUCUGUGGGCACGCGGCCACAGGUUCGCCAUCAAUGCAGAGUAGGUGCCUGCCUGCCCGAACCGGCAGCCACCUACUCUGCUUCCGGGUCGGGAGGCAGGGGGAGGGCUCCAGGAAGCAGCUCCCCUAUCCUCCCGCGCGAUGCUGUGUGGAGCGUUGCCGCGCGUUACCAUGGCAACGCUCCACACAGCAUUGCGCGGGAGGACAGGGGAGCUGCUUCCUGGAGCCCUCCCCCUGCAGUGCUUACCACCACCGGACCACCAGGGAUCGCUGUCCCCCCCCCCCUACUUCAUUAAAGGUAAGAAGGAGGGAGGGGGGGUAUACUGACACAGCACCCAUACCCCCCCAGCAGUAACCCCUACUCCCCCAGCAGUAACCCCUACCCCCCAGCCCCUACCCCCCAGCAGUACCCCCUACCCUCCCCAGCAGUAACCCCUACCCCCAGCAGUAACCCCUACCCUCCCCAGCAGUAACCCUACCCUCCCCAGCAGUAGCCCUACCCAUACAGCAGUAACCCCUACCCUCCCAGCAGUAACCCCUAAUAACCCCCAGCAGUACCCCUACCCCCCACACUGAGUACCCCUACCCCCAGCAGUACCCUACCCUCCUCCCCAGCAGUACCCCUACCCCCCACACAGUACCCCUACCCCCCAUGGCACCCUUACACAUAUAGCACACACAGCACCCCUAACAUACAACACUCACACACACACGCACCCCCCACACAAGCACCCCCACCUCAAUGCAGUAUGUGUGUAUUCAGCAGUGUGUGUGUGUGUGCGUGUAUUCAGCAGUCUGUGUGUGUGUGUGUGUGCGUGUAUUCAGCAGUCUGUGUGUGUUUGCGUGUAUUCAGCGGACUGUGUUUGUGUAUUCAGCAGUCUGUGUGUGUGUACUCAGCAGUCUGUGUGUGUGUACUCAGCAGUCUGUGUGUGUGUGUGUACUCAGCAGUCUGUGUGUGUGUGUACUCAGCAGUCUCUGUGUGUGUGUGUACUCUCAGCAGUCUGUGUGUGUGUCUACUCAGCAGUGUGUGUGUGUGUGUGUGUGUACUCAGCAGUCUGUGUGUGUGUGUGUGUGUGUAUUCAGCAGUCUCUGUGUUUGCGUGUAUUCAGCGGUCUGUGUGUGUGUGUACUCAGCAGUCUGUGUGUGUGUGUGUGUGUGUGUACUCAGCAGUCUGUCUGUAUGUGAAUUCAGCAGUCUAUGUAUUCAGCAGUCUGUGUGUGUAUGUAUUGCAUUUGUUGGAGAUACUCAUAAAUAUAAGCUUAAUUUUAUCUAUUUAUAUCAUUAUUUAAAAUUUGUAUCAUUGAACUCUCUGUGUUCUUUUAAAACAAAAGUUAUUAGUUCGGACAAUAGUACGAGUUGUUUUUUUCUAAACUUAAACCUCAGUAUUUGGGUUUAAUUGCCGUGUUGGCACUUUAAGGAGAAAAAAUGUUGGCAUGUAUUGCGGUUUGGGCACUCGGGCUCAAAAAGGUUCGCCAUCACUGUAAUAGACGUUCCUAACCGGUGCUUUGUAGCUAAAAUGGAGGGGGAGAGUAGCACCCGGCCAACCCCAGGUACAGCGUGUUGUAGUAGUUAUUGUGUUAGGAGUGUUCCUUUAACUUUUUAAAGAUUUUGUUAGCUAAACUUGUAUAGUGCUCACUAGAAAAUUCCACUUGUGCAUGUAUACAGAACAUUUACAUCAGGCAUGUUCCACAGAUGUUGGUGAAAUAGAACUCUUAUUAUUCUCUGGUCAUCUAUUUCAUUCAAAUAAUUCUGGGAGUUUUAAGACAUCAACCUAUGAGAUAUCAGCGUAUGAGAUCCCUGACUUUUGCAUUUUAGAGUCUCUGGGCUCUCAGAGAGAGGAUCACAGAGGCGUUGGCGCAUGAUGGCUAUGUGUACAAGUAUGACUUGUCAAUGCCGGUGGAAAAACUGUACGAGUUGGUUGAAGAAACAAGGAUUCGUUUGGGCACUGCUGCUAAAACUGUAGUUGGCUAUGGACAUCUAGGUGAGAACAUACCACAUUUAAGGACAUCUACAAUUAAUAUAAUUGCAUGCUGCUCUAUGAAACAGUUACAAUAAUUAUGAAUGCUAUGUAUUCGUAAUGGUACAGAUAUUAACAGUAACAGGGUUAUUCUCUAAAGGGAGCGUUCCACAUUACUUUCAAAUAUAAGGCGAAAAUAUUCAAACUGGAAACACUCUGUAUGUUAUGUUUAUUCUAUACUUCUUCUUUAUAUCAUCACAUUUGCAACCGAUAAUGCAUGUGAUGUCAGAAACAGGAAGGUGGAGUACUACAGUUCAAUAAAGCAAUCUGUUUUUGAAUAGAAUAUGCCACAAAAUAAAUAAUGAAACCACUUUUCUGUUUUGCCACGGCUGUAUUUCUGCCAGGAUUCUUUUUAUACAUAAACACAUGCAUUAAUUGCACCUGCCAAAAUGUCUUGUCAUGUAAUCUAUUCACUGUGACAGCUGCAAUGUUUAACCUACAAACUGAACCCUGCAUCAGUUUUUACAAGCCUACAAGCCACUUCAAGGCAAUCGUGUGUAUUAGAAACAUGCAGAGUUGAAUUUUAAUUUACAAUACUAAAAUCCAGAGUCAAAAUGUGUAUCCAUCACAUUAAAGAUUGAAUGUACCUUUGCCCUUCUCAUUAGAAUUAUGAAGUAGGGUUCCUAUGAGAUGAUCUAAGUGACUGUGCAGACUCUUAAAAUAAACAUCCUGUGGCUUCCAGUGACAGACAGACACUCCCGUACACUAUCUCACACCAGUUUCCUUCAGUCAGCACUUUGUUAUAACCACUUCUAGAACUGCUUUACUCUUAGAGCCGCAACAGCUAACCACUUAUCUGCACAGCUCACAUUGUUCCUUGUAGUUUGAGUUUCUCGAUUACAUCUAAUCUUGAUGUAGAUGUAACUGCUCAGUUUAAUUCUAUAAUUUAUUUAUACACAAUAGAAAUCGGGUUAUAUAUUUAAAACUGUGAGCUGAUACCUUGUUGGUGUAGGAAGUAAUUGUUAAAAUAUUUAACUAGGAACAAUGUUCAUCCUUUGCUAGUUUUCCAAUCACAGCUUCAUGUCUGGGUAUUAUUACCCAAUUUAUCUGUACUGGUUUUAGCAAACUUUAAUGGAAAAUAAUAAUUCUGAUUCCCUGCUGUGAAUUGUACCUCCAACUCUGCAGGUUAAGUACUUACCCCUUAGCUAUGUCAUUCUCACCUGCGAUAUACUUUAAAGGUGUUCGGAUUGACAUAUGUGAAAAGGACUGUCAUCAGUAACCUCUAAAUAUGAUUUUUGUGUUCUCAAAUUCUUGUUUUUAUGGGUUAAAACAAAUAUUGUUGCUAUUAGUAUUAUUUAUGAAGUGGAAACAUGUUCUGCAGUGCUUUACAAUUUUACAGUGAGAAUGCAUUACUGUAGAAGAUAAUUGAUACACAAAAUAAUGUCAGGAGUAACAAAUAAAAAUUAUGUUGGAUGUAAAUUCCUUUAUAACUUAAAAAAUAUCCCCCUUAAAUAAGUAUAUAAAAUGUUAUUAAAGCAAUGCAAACAAAUCUCUCUAUAUGAAAACAUAAUAAUGUUAUAGAUCAGGUCACUAUAGGGUUAUUAGUCCCCCCCUGUUAAAACCCCUUCAGCCACUUACCUUAAUCCAGCGCGGGGCUCCCUCUGCGCUGGUGACCUCUCCUUCCCUUGCCGACAUCUGCUCCGAAUGCGCAUUCAAACCGCCCAUAGGAAAGCAUUACUCAAUGCUUUCCUAUGGACUUUCUGCAUGCUCAAUGCGAUUUUCGGUUGGAUUAACCCUCAAUGUAAACAUAGCAGUUUCUCUCAAAUUGCUAUGUUUACAGCUGCAGGGUUAGAACUAGGGGGACCUGGUACCCAGACCACUUCUUUGAGCUGAAGUGGUCUGGGUGCAUAUAGUGGUCCUUUUAAGGUAGUACAAAUAAUAAAUAUAACAAACAGAUUUGAUACAUUAGGAGAACAUUUAAUUGGGUAAUCCAAUUGUAAAGCGCUACGGAAUUUGUUGGCACUAUAUAAAUAUAAUUAUAAUAAUCCUGGGAAACUUGAUGUCUGGGCACGCAGCAUAGUAAUCUAGUUGUCUAUAAAUUGUGCAUACAUUUAUGUUCUGAUAUGCUUUUCCCCUUCAGGUGAUGGAAAUCUGCAUUUAAAUGUCACUGCAGAGUCACACAGUGAUACCUUAAUGACUGCUCUAGAACCCUUUGUCUAUGAAUGGACAGCAAUGCACAAGGGUAGCAUCAGUGCAGAGCAUGGCCUUGGAUUCAAAAAGAAAGACCACAUACACUACAGCAAAUCUAGAGAAGCUGUAAAUCUGAUGCAGAAAAUCAAACGCAUGCUAGACCCAAAAGGCAUCAUGAACCCAUACAAGACAAUACCAUCCUCUGAGUAAUCAUCACAGAUUCUUAAAAGACAAACCAGGACUACUUCUCAAAAUGAUCAUUUAUGUAAAGGAAAUGCAUGGGGUGGCUGCAAAUGACAAGUGUUUAUUUUAAGGAGUCUGUUUUAAUACCCUGUGUCUCGCUUAUGUUGGCAUUCAGAAAGAUCUACACUGCAGUUAAACUAUUCUGUUUGAAAAACUAGCUUGUCUAGAGAUAAGAAAGUCUAGGUAUUGCCUGGGUGGAUAUAGAUAUCAGCAAUUGUUUGAACUCUGUUUUAAAGAGAAUGGUCAAGACUAAAUAAGACAUGUUCUGAUCCAUUUUAAAAUUGUAAGCCCUAAUAUAGAUAAUUUAUAUAAAUAAUGCUUUAAAAAUUAAGCAAAAUUAAAGAUAGCCUCUACAAGACUGUCACUGGCCAGGAAGAGACUCCGUUAACGAGCUGCUUCUGGUCUAAUCUUACCCAUAUAUCUUUAUACAGUCACAUUUCCACUCAUAAUCUGGGAUGAGUGGAACUGCUUUAUAAAUUGAUGUCAGUUCUUUUUAGAACUUGCUGCAGUUAGAAGUCGCCCAGGGGAGUGGGUGUGGGGUCAUCCUGUUUCAUAUCCAUGGUAAUGAUACAAAGAUUGGUGGACUGAUUUUCGAUUUGAACCCUUAAUAAUAAUACAGACGAAGGAACAGUGCACAUAUAAUACAAUUUUACAUUUUUUAUAAGGCUACUUAAAAUCAUUUAUCUUCGCAAACAAAUAUGGAGAUUCAGUUCCACCACAUGGCCAUAAUGUGUUAAGCCCACCACUACUUCACAGUAUCCCAAUAUUGGUGGGUCCUACACGAAUUCCAAUGUGGGAGACAAAUUAAAUAGUGCUAGUGCUGUAAUAGUAGUGUUGUAAGAGCAUUGUGACUAUAUAUAUUUUAUGCUAAUAAAAAAAAAACACAUUACCAAAAUAAAUGCAGUAUCAAAACUAAAGAAUUAAAGUGUUAGUGCUGCGAUGUAUAUACUAACAAUGCAUAUCAUAUCUGCUCUAUACCAAAUAGAAAUUAUAACUAGAGUGACCGUACUAUCCAAAACCUCCCUUUCAUUAGCUCAAUUAGCACUACCACUUUAAUUAAUUUGUCUUCCACAUUGGAAUUAGUGUAGGACCCACCGAUAUUGGGAUACUGGUUUAACACAUUAUGGCCAUGUGGUGGAACUUAAUCUCCCCACAUUUGUUUGCCAAGAUAGGGAAUUUUAGGUAGCCUUAUAAAAAUGUAAAAAAAUAUUUUUAUGUGUGCUGUUCCUAAAUCUAUAUGUGUAGACUUUGGUCUCUACGGGAGCACCAUUCCUGUAAAAUGUUCCGGGUGUGUCCCCAUUUCCCUUUUUUCUUUAAAUGUUUAAUUUUUUUAUUUUUUUUUUGGAAGACUUAAUGGAUUAAAGAUCAUUAUUAGUAGUAGUGUUUUUAUAGGGUCUUUUUACGGUAUCAGUUAUACAGUGGCAAAUUACUGACAGGCAAAAUAAUGCAGACAGACACAAAGAGGGCCCUGUUAAAAUGAGUUUACAAUCUGAGGACGUGGAGUAAAGGAACACAAGAGGAAGAAAAUGUGACAAAGUAUAAGAGCUUUAUGGUUGUAAUAAUACAUUUAUCCUGCUCUAGUAUUUAGCCCUGUUGGCACUAACAUUGCGGUCUCCAUUUUGUGAAGAUGGACCUGUCAUAUAUGCUAUGCUAAAUCAAUAUAUGUGGCAAGAGUCAGAAUUGUUUAAAGCCUUGUUCCAGCUAAUUUUCAUAUGUACUUUGUUACGUAAAUUAGGUGACUUGAUAUCUACAACCAUGCUUUCUGAGUACAUUGAGAACCAAUUACGUUCUAUUAAUCUGUAAUUCUCCAUAUUUAGUAUUUUUUAUGCAGAGUUCAUUCUCCAGAUUAACUUUUGGUUUUAUUGUGGAGGAGUCAUAUUACAAUAUUAAUAAACAGUUCAACCCAUAGAGGGUUAACCUAUGUUUGCAA